AUGUAAAAACAUCCUAUUCAUCAUCGAUCUUAAUAAUAAAAUUCAUCAGAUACAAAAAUUAAGAUUUUGUAUUAAUGUGUUGUUGAAAGAAAGCACUUUUUUCUAAAUAGGAAAUAUUAUUUGUAAUUAACUAACCAAUGUUUAACACUUUGCGAAGUAAGAAUACUAUCUAAUCCAAUAGAAACAAACUCAAUAGAAUCCUAAAUAUAGAUAUGCACUUAAUUUAGAUAAAGUAUUCUUUUGGAUAGUUAAAGAUAACAAAAUUAUUGGAUUUUAACUUCCAUAUUAAGGACAAAUUAAAGAAUUUUUUGGAAACGCUAAUGAAAUUUUGAAUCUGAAGAUUAAAAUGGGAUUAUUGGUUUGUUAUGAGAAAAUAGAUAAGUUUUAUAAGAAAGAAGAGAUUAUUUAAUCUGGCUCAUUUGGAUAGGUUUACUUUAAAAUUAUUAUUUAGGUUACGAAAGAAAUUUGUCGAUUUACAUAGAAAUUAGUGGCUAUAAAAUGUAUUUAAGUUGAGAACAAUCAAAGUCCAACAAUAAAAAAUGAAAUCGACAUUCUAAAAAAACUAAAAGAUUCUUAGAAUAUUUUAGAGAUAUAAGAAAUAUAUAAAGAUGAUCACAAUUAUUAUAUUGUAACAGAAUAUAUUCCUGGUUCCAAUCUCAAAUAAAUUCUAGAAUAUAAGUAAAAGCCCUUUUCAUUAUAAGAAUCUUUAAAUAUAAUGGAAGUAAUAAAGAUUUAAAUUUAUUAGUAAAUUUUAACGGGAUUAUAAACUAUUCAUGCAGCUGGAAUUAUACAUCGAGAUCUUAAACCAGCCAAUUUAAUGUAUCAUAAUAACUAAAUAAAAAUUAUUGAUUUUGGUUUGGCAUGUUUAAAUGGUAAUUAACUUGAAUAAUAUCCAACAUGUGGUACUGCUGGAUUCUCUGCUCCUGAAGUACUUAAUGCUUGGAAUAAGAAAGCUAAAUAUGAUUUUAAAGUAGAUUUAUUUAGUGUAGGGUGUAUCUUUUACUAAUUGUUAACGUUGGAAAGUUUAUUCAAAGGUGAUAAUUAAAAAGCAACCAUUUACUAUAAUAAAUAGUGUUAAUACACAAUUAAAGAGAGUGGUUCACCAUUUGACUUAGUUAAGUUAUUUCUAAAAUCAGACCCAAAUGAAAGAAUAGAUUGUUUGUAAGCUCUCGAAGGAAUUUAGAUAUUGUAAGACUAUAAAAAUUUCGAUAUAAAUUUGUGGUUUCAUCAUAGAUUGAAAUAUAAUAAUAAGGGAAGAUCUAAUUGUGAGUUUAAUUUUGAGAACCCAAAUAAAUAUACAAGAUAAUGUAGUUUAACAAGUCUUAAGAUAAAUAAUUAAGAAAAAAAUAAAGUUAUAAAACAUUAAUGA